GUGGGAUUGAGUUGUUAAAGAGCAAGUGGGAUUGAGUUUCAUAAUUCAUCUUUUUGUGCAGUUUCUUUGUGUGCAUGUCAUCUUUUGGUGCAAUAAUUUAUUUGGUUCUUGUAUAAAGUCAAAUCAAAAGGCAAAGACUUCUAUGCAUUUUUAUGCUUUGUAUAAAGACACUUGAUGCCGUAACAGCCUUCUAAGAUAUUUUUCCUACGACGUGAUUAGAUUCUAUAUUCAAAAAGUCAAAUCUAUUCUACAAAAAUUUGCUUAAUCAUAAGCCUAUAAAGAUGAAACAGAGCUCCUUUUCCAAGUAUUAUCACCAUCACAAGAACCAAAUUUUAAGAUGUAUGUUACAAGGUUUUUAUCUGAAUACCAGAAAAACCCAUCGGAGAUGAACUUGCUUCCACCAGAAGGUCCAAACUCCGGUAUAAUGGUGAUUCAAGACGAAGACUCACAGGCCACUUGCUGCUUUGGUUCUUGCUACGAGGGUAGACUUAAAGGCUUGCCGUUUCCACAAAACGUGAAGCUCGCUGCAACGUAUAGCAGUGGAGGAGGAGGAGGAGCAGGUGGAGCAGGAGGAGGAAGCCAGACACAUCGUACCCCUGUUGUGUUCAUCCCUGUUCUUGAUCAACCAUUGUCUUCGAACCGUUACUAUGUUAUACAAAGACGUGGAAAGCAUACUGGGAAAGCAUCUGCAAGUGCAAAAGAGGAAGUGAGAGUUUCAAGCUGCUGUUGCUUUACCUAUGUUCCUGAAGCUAAGCCACAACAAGCAGAUCCGUAUGACAUAUACCAACAAUUCGAGAUUCAUCAAAGCCGACCAUCAUCUCUCUAUUACUCUGCCACUUCUGUUGCUUCUGAUGGUGUGCCACCAGAUUACCUUAAGAGAAAAGAUUGGUCGGUCAGUUACUCGACUUCAGAAGACUCACGAGACUUUAGUCUAAGAGGUGAUGCGAAAGGGAUUAACACAAAGCUUCGCUUAGACUCAGAGCUUACUAGUUUAGGUAAGAGUGUUGUGGUAGGGAAAUGGUAUGUUCCUUUCAUAUUUGUGAUGGAAGGAGAUGUAAAAGAUCAAAUGAAGAAAUCAACGUUUUACAGCUUGACGCUUAAGCAAAGGUGGGAAGAAGUUUUCUUCUGCGAAAACAUUGGCAAUGAACAUUCCGAGGUUGUAGUUGAUGUUGACGUAGAGACGGAAGUUGUGAAGCUUGAGGGACAAGAAACACAUUUGAAAGAGGAAAAAGGUGAUGGAGUUGUUUGGUUUAGUGUCUUAAGGGAUGAGAAACAAGACAAGAAGAUAGGUCUUGGGUCUGUGGUCGUGGAGAGGAUGAAAUGGGAAGAGGAAAAGUUCGGAUGGUUAAACAGAGGCGAGGAAAGGUCUAAAAUUAAGAGAUCAGAGAUAUUUGAAGACGGUUCAUCGCAUUGGAAGAGUUACCGAUGUUAUGUAUUGAUAGAGAGCUUUGAAUUGAAGAGAAUGGAUGGGAGUUUGGUGUUGACAUAUGAGUUUAAGCAUAUUGAUAAGUUAAAGAGCAAAUGGGAUUGAGUUUCAUUCAUUUUUUUGGUUCAAUAAUCAAUUUGGUGAAUAAGUUUUUAUGCAAGUUCAUGUAAAAGUAAAUUUAAUGAAUCUAAAUUUGGUUGACCUCUUAGCAUACUUUUGCAAACAUAUGCCUAAUCCCAACCAAAUCUUCCUUCGAAAUUGCUGAUAACGUGCUUUGAUGCUAUUCUACCAUUUAAAAAGUCUUUGCAUUCGAGUUUAGACAUGAUGUCGCCAAAUAUAUGCUUUAUUUAAUUUUAUGAUGUCUAGUUUUGGGAACUCUGUUAUAAGUUAUAACAACACAAAGCUCUGUUCUUACAAUAUA